UCAAUUUUGACAGUGUGCCGGCAGCAAGAAAAACAACAACAAUAUUUUACAACUUUCAAAAGCGUGCUUUAUGAAAACAAAUAAGAUUUCCUAAAAGAAUUACUACUAUAUUUUAAAUAAUUCGCGAGUAAAGUCGUAGUAUAAUCCUUCAUCAAUAGUUUAAUUAACCCAAACCAGAAGCAAGUAUGGCCGGCGUUUUAUUUGAGGAUAUUUUCAAUGUGAAAGACAUGGAUCCGGAGGGAAAGAAAUUCGAUCGUGUGUCGCGACUGCAUUGUGAAUCUGAAUCCUUCAAAAUGGAUUUAAUUCUAGAUAUUAACUCUUGGCUGUACCCUAUGGAAUUGGGAGACAAAUUCCGCUUGGUGCUAGCUACGACAUUGCGCGAGGACGGCUGCCCUGACAGUGGCGAAUUUAACCCGCUGGAACAGGAAGGUACACGUGCCGAUAGUUUUGAGUAUGUUAUGUUCGGAAAGGUGUAUCGUAUUGAAGGUGAUGAGGCGCAUAAUGAGGCAUCGUCCCGUCUAUCAGCGUACGUAUCCUUCGGUGGAUUGCUAAUGCGUUUACAAGGUGAUGCCAACAAUUUGCACGGCUUUGAAGUUGACCAGCAGAUGUACUUGCUGAUGAAAAAGUUGGCAUUCUGAUUUCUAGCAGCUAGUGUGGUUUGGAUGAUAUUUUAUACUUUUGUGUAUUUAUAAAGUAGUUUUUAAAUAAUAAAUCGUAAUACUGUACAAAGGAAAUAAAA